AAGGGUUGAGAGUGCGACGUGAGUCAUAGCAGUGGCUAAUGGUACUGCGAGUGUGCGAGUGACGACAUAUGACAGAAUUUCAAGGGAAAACUACGAUUCUCCAGAAUAACGUAGAAACAUCGAAUAAUAAGGGUGCGUUUGGUUAAUCGUUAACUGUUCACAUUGAUUUGAGAAAUAAUUGGACUUGAUAAUUAUUUAGGUUACCAUGUCGCAGUGGAAUAACGGACCUUAUGCACAAGAUCCCAAUCAAGCAUAUUAUGCUGGUCAACCGGGAUAUCCUCCACAACCUGGUGCUUACCCACCUGCUGGGGGCUAUCCAACUGCUCCACCCAGUGGUUACCCUGGUGCAGCUCCAGCGGGGUACCCACCUGGGCCUGGAUUUCAGCCACCACCCUAUGCACCAAAUGACCCAUAUAGUGCAGGUGAACAAACACCCUUCUCUAAUAAUGCUGGAGUUGCGAACUACAGCGGUGAAGAUCCUGAAGUGAAAGGAUUUGACUUCAGCGAUGCAAGUAUAAGAAGGGGAUUUAUCCGAAAAGUUUAUUCGAUUUUGUGUGUCCAGUUGUCAAUUACUUUGGGAUUCAUAGCUUGGUUCCUAUAUCAUACUCCAACGCGAAAAUAUGUGCAAAGCCAUCCAGCUCUGUUCAUUAUAGCCUUGAUCGUAAUAAUAGUUGCUCUUAUUACUCUAGCAUGUUGCGGAGAGGUACGCCGGAAGGCACCUAUGAAUUUCAUAUUCUUGUUCAUUUUCACAUUCGCGGAAGCUUUCAUUCUAGCUGUAAGUUCCUCGACUUAUGAGUCAGAAGAAGUGAUAAUGGCCGUAGGUAUUACAGCGGCUGUUUGUCUGGGUCUGACCUUAUUCGCAUUUCAAACAAAAUGGGAUUUCACUAUGAUGGGCGGCAUUUUAUUUGUUGCUGUAAUAAUAUUGUUCGUUUUCGGUAUCGUCGCGAUUUUCGUCCACAAUAGAAUUGUUAAACUGGUAUACGCCUCUCUAGGUGCUUUGAUAUUUUCUAUUUACUUGGUCUAUGACACACAACUAAUGUUGGGAGGAAAACACAAGUACUCUAUUUCCCCAGAGGAAUACAUAUUUGCUGCUUUGAAUCUUUACAUUGAUAUUGUUAACAUUUUCAUGUACAUUUUGACUAUCAUAGGGACAUCUCGAGACUAGGAAUAACUCUUUCGUUUUUGUUGCUUCGUUUCUUUUAUUUAAAACCAAUUACUUAUGUGCGAGUUAAUUUGUUCAAAAUUAUAAAUGUAGAUUUCUGUCGUGAGUACGAAAAUUGUAUUAUUAACUCUGCUAUGUAUAACAAGGAAAAUAUAUAAGCUCCUGAAAUGCAAAAUUUAUAAAAAACAUAACAAGCGUAUUAAAUUAAAUAAAAGUUAAUUCUAAAUAAGUAUUUACCUACUUUUGUAAUCAUUAAGGUAGAGUAUAUAAAGAUUUAAUAUUUAUAUUUAUAUUAUGUACACAAUUGUUAAGAGAAGGCACUCUGGUAGACCAUAGUCAUAGUAUACAUGUAUGUUAGAUGUUAGUCAUAAUAUAUUUAAACCUAUUGGACGUCUUUACCACCUAGAUAGAUCCCCGCCUCAUGUUAUCAAUAAUUACUGUUUUAUGAGAAAAUUCAUAAGAUUUUCUUCAAUAUUUAAAGAUAAUUUUUAGUUCCUUUUCAGUUUUUUAUAUUGUUUGUAGACCCAUAGUGGAUAAAA